GUCGUCCCUCCACUCUGCUGAAUCAGAGAUAGAAUCCCUCAUUUUCCCAUUUUCUCUUCCUCUUCGCCUCUUAACAAAUCUCUCCUCUCUCUUCUUUUUCCAGACACCGCCCCGUUUUACACCCAUCUCAAUUUGUUAUUUGUGGUUGUCCUCCUCCUCUUCCGCCGCCGCCACCGCCCGCCGGGUUCCAUCACCGUCGUGGGGGAUGGUGUUUGUUUAAUCAUUGCGGUUUAUUGGGUAAUGUGGGAUUUUGGUCAGAGUCCCCUCUGAGCUGGUUGGUGGAUGGGAAAAUUAAACUUACUUGACUGGUAGAGAUGGAGAUUUAGGUAGAGAUUGAGAGAGAACCAAACCAAAAAAAGAUAACCCUAGGACAACAAAAAUUGCUGUCCCCUUCUUUCUCAGAACGUUUGAAACAGAUAAAUGCUCUGAAUCUUCUUCUUUACGCCUCUCGAUUUUAAUAUCCUUUUUUGUUUUUUUGCUGUACUCAUGCCGGCCGAUUUAGAUAAUUCCUCGUCGGCUUCCGGCGAACCCACUGAAUCCUCCCCCGGAAACGUCGCUCCGACUCCCAAACCCGCCGCUAAGAAAAAACGAAAUCUCCCCGGAAUGCCAGAUCCGGAUGCGGAAGUUAUUGCUCUGUCCCCGAAGACCCUUUUGGCCACAAAUCGAUUUGUUUGCGAGAUUUGUAACAAGGGGUUUCAGAGGGAUCAGAAUCUGCAGCUUCACCGGCGAGGGCACAAUCUUCCAUGGAAGCUCCGGCAGAGGACAAGUAAGGAGGUGAAGAAGAAGGUCUAUGUUUGCCCUGAGAGUUCUUGUGUUCAUCACGAUCCCUCUAGAGCUCUGGGUGAUCUGACUGGGAUUAAGAAGCACUUUUGCAGAAAGCACGGCGAGAAGAAGUGGAAAUGCGACAAGUGUUCGAAGAAAUACGCCGUUCAGUCUGAUUGGAAAGCCCACUCCAAAAUUUGUGGAACUAGAGAGUAUAAAUGCGAUUGUGGUACUCUGUUUUCCAGAAGGGACAGCUUCAUUACACAUAGAGCUUUCUGUGAUGCAUUGGCAGAGGAAAAUGCAAAAGCUCAGCCUCAGUCGUUGGUGGACAAACCGGUUUCUGAUUCUCAGAAAGCGGUGGAAUCUAGUCCGAAGCCAUCUCCGCCGCCGGAACCGUCACCUCCGCCGUCAACUUGUGUUCUGUCUCCUGUCUUGCCGAUUCAGAGUCAAGAGAAUCAACCCGAAGAAGCACCGAUGGCUACGACAGGCAUGAGUAGUAGCUGCAGCAGUAGCAGCAGCAAGAGCUCGAGCAGCAACAACAGUUCGAGUAGUCAGUUUGCUAGCUUGUUUGCUUCCACAACUACAUCAAUGAGCCUGCAACCUCCUCGACCCCCGACAUUUACAGACUUGAUACAUACUAUGGCUUGUUCAGAUCGCUUGACCGAUUAUGCACCAACGACGACUAUUGAACCUAUUUCCCUAUGUCUUUCAACUAGCCAUGGGGCAUCAGUUUUUGGGGCUGCCAGCCAAGAGCUCCGGCAGUACACACCAAGUCCACAACCUGCAAUGUCCGCCACUGCAUUACUACAAAAGGCUGCUCAAAUGGGAGCAGCAGCAUCAAAUGCCUCAUUGCUUCGCGGGUUGGGAUUGGGGUUAGUACCGUCCUCCACCACUUCAGCUGCGCCCCAAGAGAGGUUGCCAUGGAAUCAGCAGAGGCAAAUUGAAGCAGAUGGCAUCUCGAUCAGUGCAGGGCUCGGGCUGGGACUCCCUUGUGAUGGCAAUUCUGGAUUGAAGGAACUAAUGAGGAGCAGCAACCAUUCGAUAUUUGCUCCAAAACAUACUACCCUGGACUUCCUCGGACUGGGGAUGGCAGCAGCUGGUGGCAGCCCCAACAGCAGCCUGGCGGCGCUGAUUGGUGGGAGUAUGGGAUCAUACGGAGGGGGUGCCAAAUCCAGCAAAGACAUGAACACAAACAAUUAAAGGUAAGAAAAGAAAGGGAAGUCCCCAUCUUUUUUGUCCGCUGGCUUUGGGCCCCUUCCCUCUUCUGUUUCUUCACGUUCUUCUCUGUUUUGCAACACUAUUUUACAGAUUUCUGUGUGUAUAUAAUUAAUUAAUGGGUAAAGAAAGAUCCUUCGAUUGAUCUUCAAA